AUGACUGCUAUAUAAUUAUUAAAAUAUUUAAAAGAAAGAACUUUAAAAGAGAGAAAAAAUAAUAAUGUAAGUAACGCUAAUAUAUAGAGCUUAAAAAUAAAUAGUUCUAUUUUAGAUUUAAUAUUGUUUUUUACUAAUUCGAGUGAGUUUUCUUAAUAACUAUAUGAGAGUUCGAAAUUAUUAAUUGAAGUGGUAGAAUAGGAGACUUUGAAAUUGGAAAGGAAUUAAAAUUUAACGUUUAUUUAAAAAAUAUAUCUUUUGGAUAGUUUCAUUCCUGUUGUUAAUUUUUAUGCCGAAAAUUAUUUUAAAGUUUAGAGUUAUUCUUUAAAAGAUUAAUUGAGUGAAUAAAAAUAAAAAUUAAGUCAAUUUGCAUAUUAGUUCUUGUCAAAAAUCACUAAGUAGGUUAAUAUAGAUAAAUAAAACGAAGAUUUAUUUGCUUAGAAUGAUGAAAGGAUUAAAAACGUGAAAGUUUUGGCAGUUCUUUUUGAUUUUUAGUUGCCUGAAAGUUUUUUAGGGGAUUAUGAAUAGGAAGAGUUUGUAUUUUAGUUAGAUUUUGAUGAAGAACAAAUUGCUAAUAGAUUAAAAAAAAAACAUAAGACUUUAAAAGGGUAAAAAAAUAUUUAAGAUUUGCAUUUAUUGGAAGAAGAUGGUAGUAGUUAGCACAAAAAUAUGAACAAAAUGAAAAAAGAGAAUAAUUAAAUUAUACAUAAAGCUAGAUAGAUUGAAUAUUGGAAAGUUUUUAAAUAGAAAGUUUAGGAAAGUUAGAAAGUUAAAAAUUUAAUUAAAUAGGAAAUUAAAACGAUUUCUUAAAGUAUACUUAAUGUUAAUUAUAUUUUCAAAAUGGACUUUGGAAAUAAGAAUUAUACUCAGUCAAAAAAAGAAAUCAUUUUAAAAAGUGAUAAUGUGCUUUUAAAGUUUUUUUAAUUUAUAGAAUUUUAAUAAUAAAAAAAUAUUCCAAAAAAAAAUACAGUAUUUGUACUAUAAAUACUUAUUAGUAUACUUACACAUAUGGAUUUGAAUGAAAAUGAUAGUUAUAUGUAAAAUUAAAAGAAAAAAGAAUAAUAAAUUAAAGAGAUUUUAAAAGAAAGAUAAGGAUAAAUGAAUAAGUUAAAUGGAACUAAAAUAGUUCUAAAACUUUUUUGGGAUGAAUGUGAAAAUAAUUAUGAAUAUUAGUAUUAUCUAAUAAAAUAUCUUAUUUUACUUAUUAAGGGUCCUAAUUUAAUAAUUUAGAAUUCUAUUUAUAAUUAUUUUGUUAGUUCUAUAAAUAGUGAAAAAUUAUUUUAAAAAAUAAAUCUUAUUUUUACUUAAUAUAUAAAUAAUUAAAAAAAUAAUAAUUUAGAAUAAUAAAAACUAGUAAUUUAGCUUUUAAAACUUUUAAAGUUAUUUUGUGAAGGGCAUUAUUUAAACCUUUAAAAUUAUUUAAGCCAUUAAAUUAAUUCAAAAUAUAGUUAUAAUUUAGUAGAAUUAAUUGUAAAGUUAUUAAUUUAAACUAAAAUUAAUGAAAAUACAUACAAACUUAUUAUUUAAUGUUUUAAAACUGUAAAUGAUUUUGUUUAAGGUCCUUGUAUAUAGAAUUAGUUAUUAGUAGCAAAUACUAAGUUUUUUGAAUAUGCUGUAAAAAUCUUAAAUGAAGAUAAGAAUAUAUAUAAAAUUAAUAAAUAAAAGUAUGAAAAAAAAAAAAAAUUAUUAAAUAUUUUAACCUCUGUAAAUUUAUUUUUUUCUAUAUAUAUAUAUGCGAAAAAAAAUGAGAAUAAUGAUUCGAAUAAAAAUAAAGAUAAUUUAACUAAUCUAUAUUAAGAAUAUAAUAAUGAAAAUAGAUUUCAGAUUUAAUUAAAAAAUGUUUCUAUUAUCAAAUAUUAAUGUUUAUUGACUAUUUUGGGAAUUAUUGAAUGUUAAAAUAAUAAUAUUGAGUUUAUAUAAAGGAUUAUGAGAAUUAUUCCAAUUAAAAUUUUAACUGAAAAUCUUAUAAAAGUUUAUAAAUAAUAUUAAAAAUAUGGAAAUAAUGACUAUAAUAUUUCACUAUUUAAAUAAAUAAAAAAUUAAAAUAAUUAAUAAGAACUAAUAAUAGAAAAUGGCUUUUUAAUAUAUACAUUAAUGAAAAUAUAUGAAAAUAAUAAAGAUAUAUAAGACGAUUAAUAUGAAAAUAUGAAUUUAAUAUUAAAUGAAUUUUAAAUAAAAGAAAAUUAAAACAGCAUAAAAUCAAUUCUAAAUGAUAACAAUAAUAUAUUAGGAAAUAUGGCAAAACUAGGUCAAGAUAUACUAAAUGUUGGUAAAUCUGCAUUAAACGUAAACAAAAUAAAAAUAUAUUACAUAUACAUAUAUUUAUAGGAUAUAGUUUAAUAAUUAUUAGGUGAAAAGUAUAAUAAUUAAAAACAAAAUCAAGAAGAUUAAUAAGAACUGGAAUAGGCCAUUUGUUUUUUUCGAAACAAACUAUGUUAAAUUGAGAUUAUCCGUGAUAAUUAGCUUUUUACAAUUUAUUUUCCAAAACUUCCUUUUUGUUUUAUGAUGAAAGAUAAAUUUAAAGAAGAAUUUAAUAACAAACUAGACCGAUCUUCUAAUAAAUAAAAAUUAAAAGACCUUAUAUAUUAAGCAGAUACACUGAUUCGGGUUAUAAAAUGUGAGGAAAAAAUUCGCCGAAUAAUCUAAAAAAGAUAUACUAUUGGUUUUAUCAUUUCCAAUCAUAUUUUAUGGGAAAGAAUUUCAUUUUAUAUCACAAUUGCAAUAAAUAUAAUUAUAAUAGCCUCCUAUAGUGAAUAUUAUAUUGAUAAUUAAUAUGAAAUAUACACUAAAGACUCCGUUUAAUAUAAAAACGCUUUAAAUGAAGCUCGUUUAUUCUAUCCUAGGCUAUUAAACAGGGAAUAUUAUAAAAAUACUAAGGCUUUAAUAUAUACUUUAGGGAUAGUUAAUAUGAUUUUAUUUUGUUUAGUUUUUGUAAUUUUUAUAUUUAAGAAAUCUUCUUUUAUUAUUGGGAAUUUAUGGAAAGGAUUUUUCUCUUAAUAGGAAAAUUUAACUUUAAAAAAUAAAAUAAUAAAGGCUUGUGUAAACUUAUUUUUUUCAAUUUAUAUGCUAAUGUCUGAUUUUGAUGUAGUUUAUUAUAUUGUGCAAUUAACGUGUGUUUUAUUGGGGAUAUUUGCACAUCCGUUCUUUUUUGCAGGUCUAUUGUCAGACUUUUUAAGAAUUAGGGCUUUAAAGCAUGUUGUUUUAGCUGUUUAUUAACCAAGAGUAUAUUUAUUUUUUUGGCUAGUGAUAUUUUUUUUAGGUUAAUACUAUUUUACUAUAUAUUCGUAUAUUUAUUUCUUUGAUCAUUAUUUAGAUAAGGAUUGUAAUAGUAUGUGGAGGUGCUUUUUUAAAAAUAUUGAUCAUACUUUUAAAAAUGCAGGAGCCAUAGGAGAUAUAAUGUAUGAACCAAAAAGUCUAUAAAUAUUAAAAGAAAAUAUAAGUCAAUAUAGAGGAGUUAAUUAAAAACUAUUAGAAGAAUAUUUUAGUAGGUUUAUUUUUGAUAAUUUAUUCUAUUUUACGUUUAUUGUGUUUUUUAUGAGUAUGUUUGCAGGAAUUAUUAUUGAUUAAUUUAGAUAAAUAAAAAAUAAAAUGAAUUAAAAAGUUAUAGAUUAAAAUAAAUAAUGCUUUAUUUGUGGACUAAAUAGGGAAAUAUUAGACGAAAAAAUUGGAUUUUAUUAACACAUUAAAAUUGAACAUAAUAUGUGGAAUUAUAUUUAUUUUAAAGCUUAUUUAAAAUAUAAAAAUCAAUAAUAAUUUAACGGAAAUGAAAAUUAUAUUUGGAAUAAAAUUGAAAUGUUUGAUCUUAGUUGGAUUCCAAUUAGGAGAACGAGUAAAAUCAAGGAUUUUGAAAGUGAAAAGUAUGUUAAAAAUUAAGAUACUAUAAAUGCUAAAGAAAAUAUUUAUAGAAUUAAUUUAUGA